GUCCCGGGCGGGGACGCGCGAUGGCAGCAUCUGCGGCAGGAUCGGCUGCUUCCUCCUCCUCCGCUCCUGUCGCCGCGCGCUGGUUUCCUUUAGAAGCACCCCGGAAGCCAGAGCCCACUGUCGCAUCUGUGGGGUUCCACGGGAUGCACAGACGCGGGGCACGGAUGAAGAUGCCGUCAUCGAGAUCUUGACCAAACUCAAUGUUUGCCAACGUCAGCGCGUUCUGAUCACCUCCAAGAGCACUCCUGGCAGGGCAGUUCAGAGCAGCUGUCGAUGCGAGGAGGGUUGGAGCCUGAAGAGAAGCGUCAGGCGCGUGCGAAACGAGCCUGCGUGCUUUGCUGGAAGGCUGUGUAAAUCCACGAAGGGUGGGACCCUACAGGUGCUGGCCAUCAGACCCCCCACCCCAAAGCGUCCGGCUGCCAGCAGUGGGCUUGGAAGCACGCUAAAAAUGGGAAAUAGAUCUGGUGUAGGAAGGGGAUGUCCUCAGCCAAGGUCCUGGGAAACUGGAGGAGAACGGAUGAAACUGCAGAUGUACCAACAAACAGGAAAGCACACGGCGCUUGACUUGGAGGGUUUGUGGGAAGAUGAUGAGCUCGGUGCUCUGUAUCUGGAUGAUCGCCUGGAUCCACAUUUCAUGCCUGUGCCCGAGGGACAGCCCAGAGGCCCUGCUGGCGAAUCAGCGGAACGGGAUCCUGUCCGUGAGCCUGAGGGGAAUGCUGGAGAUGUGAGUGGAGGAGGUGAUCUAGCUUCCCCUCUGAGCUCCGAGACUGAAAGCCGGGCGCACGGCAUGGAAGUGCCCCAGGGAGGGCUUUGCUCAGUCGCUGGUUCGUUCCUGCGCUGGAGCCCAGGUCUGGAAAGGGGAAAGGAUGAAUCGGAAAGAGGAAAAUUCUCUGAGGAGUCUUACCUUCCAAAAGAACUGCUGAGGGGAACGGAAGCGGCAGUUCAUGGGAUGAACGCAGGGAAGCAGCAAAGGAUGCAGGGAAGCACAAAGGCUGCUGCUGGCAGAUCUGCGCGGCAGCGCCACGCGGCAGUGGUGGUGCUGUUCUCAGCUGUGCUGCUGUCUGCGCUGCUGCUGGCCUGCGUUGCUGCGUCAUGGCCGUGGAAGAAAUGCCUUGUGUUCAAGGGGGGAGAGAGAGCAGCAGAGCGAGCUCAUCCUGACACCGACUGGGAGCGAGUUCCAAGUGGAGAUGAAGGGAGAGCGGAGCUGGGAGAGGCAACGAGCGAGAUCCUUGCCCAAGCAAACAAGAACCUCAGCGAUAGUUCCAGUCCGUUCCGUUCUGCCAUCCCAGAGGCCAGAGAUCUUCAAACUCACCUGAAAGACCUGGAGCGUGAACUCCAAGCCAUGAAAGGGGUCCAUGGGGGCAGUGGUGAGUGCUGCUUCCUGUCAGAGGACGGCCCUGAAAGUGAGAGCGGAGGAUCAGCAGCAGAGCGUUUGUCCUUCACCCUCCGUUCCCCGGGACGAGUAUCACCAGUAGUUCGAAGGCUCUUAGCUCGCCACAGCUACGAUCCUUUUGAGGGUCCUAAUGAGGACCCAGAAAGCGAGCUUCCUCUGACCGCCGGGCAGCACGUUUAUGUCUUUGGAGACGUGGAUGAGGACGGCUGGUUUCUGGGAGAGCUGACGGAUGGCACGAGAGGGCUGGUCCCUUCCAGCCUGGUGACGGAGGUUUCAGAUGAUGAGCUGGACACAACGAUGCCUCCCGAGCUCUGUGGUCUCCUGCUGGACACGGAUGAUUGUGUCGAUGCAAAGAGUCCAUAAUGCAGCAACAUCCUGUGGCGAUUCUUGCCUCACUCCAUCUGCAAGACGACCCCCUGCUCCACUUGACUUGAGUGAAGUGUGAGCAGGAUGUGGAUGAGCUCCUCCUGGUUCGAUCUGAGAUGACUGGCAGUGCGACUGCAUGGUGUUAUUCUAUAUUAAAAAAUACUUUAAAAACUAA